ACCUGAGUAGGGUCCAUUACUAAACUUGAGUGGAUCAGAAAGUCAUGGCUGACUGCCUAUGAGCAAGGUCAGACACAAGUCACAGAUGUGUGGUAAGCCGCUAAUGGAGAUGUGUGUUAGAGUUAGAAAAGGUUCAGAGACAGAUGUAAAGGCCAGAGGUGUGGCACCUUAGAUGGCUACGGGAAGUCCCGCUGAGAUGAUUGGAGCCAUGAUGGUCUCCUAACCGGCUGGACUUCCUCUCUCCUCCAAAGACCAGAGCAUGCCACCUCCUGGAGUGAAAGGAGUGAAAGGAACAACAAGGGAGCAGGCCCUGAGGAACACACCAGGAGCAGGAGCCUGAGCCUCUGAGCACAUGAAAGGCGGACGGACAGCUGAGCCUCAGAAGCCAGGCUGGGCCCUGUCUCAGGAGGGGCUGGCGGCCAUGCUUCCCAUGCAGCACCACCGCCACCUGCUCUUUGGUGACCUGCUCGAGGACGGGGCCCCAGCCGCCUCCAUCUUUCCUCGGUAGUCGGUGGAGAUGCCCUACUGCAUGCCGGACCCACGCACGUGGACACAGGCGUUCGAGCUGCCAGCUGAGCGUCAGAACCGGCUCCUGGGUGUUCUCAAAGCAGCGGAGGCCCGCAGUCGAGUCCGCGCCCUGCAGCUGCGCUACACCCGCAUGCGGGCGGAGGAGAUCACGCUCUUGAUCCAGCGGCAGGGAUCCGCGCGCGCUGCCAUCCGGCUAGAACUCUUCCUACCACCGCAACUGAAGCCUACAAAGAUCCCAGAUCCCCUAGACCAACGAGAGGUGCCAGUAAGCCUGAAAAUGGGUGGGGAGGGCCCUGGGCCUCGCCAUACACUGGCUCCAGCCCCUCUCUCCACAGCGGAGGCAUGUGGAGACUAUCCUGGAGGAGCCCGUGGAUGGCAGCCUCUUCUAGUGUUGACUGCAACCUACAGAGACCCCGGGCCCCCAGCAGGGAAGGGGUAA